GGUAACAACAAGAAGUCAUAGAGUGGCCACAGUGGUGGGAUCGACUGAUACUCACGACCUAGGCAUGAUCUCUCACUCUGAUUGUUGGCUAAUAAUGCAAAGGAUGGCAUUUGCCAAAAAAUCAGGGGACUUGUGCAAGAAGGUGGAAAGAAUUGGGCAGAAAAUUGCAGAAAAGUGCAAGGGGUUGCCACUUGCUGCAAAGACUAUGGGAAGCUUGUUACGGUUCAAAGAUACCGUACAACAAUGGCAGAAUGUUUUGGACAGUGAGAUAUGGCAAUUGGAGGAAGCAGCCGUGGAACUUUUCCCUCAUUUGUAUUUAAGCUAUAACGAGUUGUCCCCAGAGCUGAAACGUUGCUUCUCAUAUUGUGCUGUCUUUCCCAAAGAUCAUAAGAUAGAUGUAGAAGAGCUUAUUAGGCUGUGGAUAGCACAAGGUUAUGUUCGCCCAAAUCGAAGAGGUGAGCGCUUGGAGCUGGUAAGCCUUGAGUACUUCUACAAUUUGGCAAUGCGUUCCUUUUUCCAAGAAUUUCAAAAAGCCAAAGAUUUUCCACGUAUGAGGUGCAAGAUGCAUGACAUAGUGCAUGACUUUGCACAAUUUCUCACAAAAAGUGAAUGUCAUGUACUUGGUGGAAUUGGAAGAAAUUCAUGCAGUAAAAGACCACGUCAUCUAACAAUUUUGGGAGGCGCUAAGGAGGAGAUGUUUAGUUCUCGAGUCGUUGAUUUGGGACGGCUCAGGAGCUUUUUAACUUUUCCAGGUGGAAUAGUUCCCCAAAAUCUAUUCUGUAGUUUGAAGUGUGUGAGGACUCUGACUUUAAGUCAUUGUUGGCUACCUGAAGUCCCAACCGAGAUCGGAAGUUUGAUUCAUCUUCGGCACUUGGACUUAAGUUGGAAUCCUUUCGUGGCACUGCCAGAAGCUAUAUGUGAUCUAUAUUAUCUGGAAACUUUGGAUAUCAAUAAUUGUGAUAAUCUUUCGUGCCUUCCUGAAAGGAUUGAAGGCCUUGUACACUUGAGGCACCUUCUCAAUGAUAUUACCUAUGAAUUAGGUCAAAUUCCACAAGGACUCAGGAUGCUGACGUCACUUUGUAGUUUGACUCGGUUUAUCGCCAGGAGCAACUCUGAUGAUUUGGCAAUUUUGAAGGACCUGAACCAAUUGGAAAUAUUGGGUGUUGUAAUUGAAGGAGAAGUAGACUUUGGAAGUGCAGAACUUGGAAAGAAGGUCAACAUGCGUGAAAUGUCUUUGUUCUUUAGAUUCGAGGCCCACUUUAUAGAAACUCCAAGUUGCAUUGAAACCAUGGAACCACCUCCAAACUUGGAAGAACUUGUGCUAAUUGGCUGUCCAGGAGCCCAGUUACCCAGUUGGCUUGUGACGAUGUCUCACGCCAAUAAUUUGAAGAAGCUAUAUAUUGAGAACCCCUGCAAUAUCUCAUCCUUGCGUGCCUUGUGGAAGCUAUCAUCCCUAGAAGAGCUUGAGCUCAUGGUAGUGGAAAAGCUGGAAUGUUUAGGUAAGGAAUUCUUCGGAGUUACAGAUGCUCUUGAUACUUUGUCGAACACCGAGUCAUCAUUCUCAGCUGAACCAGUAGCAUUUCAGAAUUUGAGAAAAUUACAUUUUCGUUACUUCCUAAAUUGGACACAUUGGGAAGAUUUAAGUGAAGAUGAUGAAAAAGUUGCUGUCUCUAUCAUGCCAUAUUUGGAGGAGCUAAAAAUUUGGGACUGUGAAAAGCUUGAAGCUCUGCCACAUCGCAUCCUUAAAAAGAUAUCAUCUCUCAAAAUUUUGGAGAUUCGACGUUGCUCCAAAUUGAGGGAUCAUUACUCUGACAAAACAGGAGAUGACUGGAUAAAGAUAUCACAUAUUUCUCGAGUUGACAUAUCUAAUGACUCCUCAGAUAAUCCUCAUUGAUGGCUCAAAAUGAAGCUACAGCAGAAGGCAUUGGGGGAUCAACCUCCACGUCAACUUUCCCUUGGGUUCAUGUAAAAUUUCAAAUAAUUGUAAACAUGGUUGAAGAGGCACGUCCACUUGCUUUGUUCAAAAAUAUUUGAGAUAAAAAGGUAAUUGGAUUGUAAAUUAUUUGAGAUAUUUUUA